UGUUGUUGGUUUUGUUUCUGUGUGGGGUACGUUGGUUAGCUUGCUAUCAAGAGAUAAAGAUACCAGUAUAAAAGUUAUCGAAAGGAAACAUUUUCCACCGUUGGGCUUCGUGAUGGCUUUGCAGGGCUCCGAGGAGAAACUCGCAGAGCCGGAAGAGGUUGGAGACGAGGAUGUGAGCGUCUCUCCAGCGGAAGAAAUAACGUUAACCGUCGGGCCUGAAGGAGAGGAGGACACGGACCCGCUUCUCCUGCCGUGGGAUCGCUUCUCUGCCUGGCUACACUGCAUCUGUGUCGUCGGGUUCGAUCUGGAACUCGGCCAGGCGGUGGAGGUCAUCUACCCACACCAUUCCAAACUAUCCGAGAAGGAGAAAACAAGUAUCUGCUACUUGUCAUUCCCAGACUCCAACUCAGGUUGUCUAGGGGACACACAGUUCUGCUUCCGUUUCCGCCAGGCCUCAGGCAGGAUGUCCUCUCUGGGGUUUUUUCUGGACCAGUUUGACCGUGAUGCCCCAGUCUGCCUCAAGAGGGACCAGGGCCAUUACUAUGGUUACGUCUACUUCAGACAAGUCCGGGACAAGUCACUCAAGAGGGGCUACUUUCAGAAGUCCCUGGUCCUUAUCAGCAAGCUACCCUAUGUCAUGUUCUUCCACUCCCUGCUGAAGCUCAUUGCUCCAGAGUACUUUGAGAAGCAGGAGCCAUGCCUGGAGGCUGCCUGCAACGACAUCGACCGCUGGCCCACUCCUCAUCCAGGGAAAAUACUGACCCUCCCUAUAAUGGGGACAGUUAUGAAGGUUCGGAUCCCUACAUGUUAUGACAAGCCUGGAACCUCUCAGCUGGUGCAGUCAGCACAGAAUGACAACCUGGUGUCCAUAGUUCUCCCCACAAUCCAUGAGGUAGACUUGUUCAUGUGUUUCCACCCAGUCUUCUUCCACAUUCAGAUGUUAUGGGAGCUGGUGUUGCUAGGAGAGGCUCUGGUUGUCAUGGCACCAUCACCGGCAGAAUCCUCCGAUACUGUUCUGGCAUUGGUCAGCUGCAUCUCUCCACUGCGUUACUGCAGUGACUUCAGACCGUACUUCACCAUCCAUGACAGCGAGUUUAAGGAGUACACCACCAGGACACAGGCCCCGCCAUCUGUGAUUCUUGGCGUGACCAACCCGUUCUUUGCUAAGACCCUCCAACACUGGCCUCACAUCAUCCGUAUUGGAGACAUGAAGCAGGCUGGAGAGACGGUCAAGCAGAUGAAGGUCAAGAAGCUGAAGAACCUGAAGACCCUGGACUCUAAACCAGGUGUCUACAGCGCAUACAAGCCCUACAUCAGCAAAGAUGAGGAUAUCAUCAAACAACUACAGAAGGGUGUCCAACAGAAACGUCCCUCGGCGGCACAGAAUGCCAUCCUGCGACGGUACUUCCUGGAGCUGACGCAGAGCUUCAUCAUUCCACUGGAGCGUUACGUGGCCAGUCUGAUGCCUCUGCAGAAGAGCAUCUCUCCUUGGAAGAGUCCUCCCCAGUUGAGACCGUUCCUCCAGGAGGAGUUUAUGAAGACUCUGGAGAAGGCUGGUCCUCAGCUCACCUCACGACUCAAAGGAGACUGGAUGGGACUCUACAGACAGUUCCUGAGGUGUCCUAACUUUGACGGCUGGUUCAGGAAUCGCAGGAGAGAGAUGAUGAAGAAACUGGAGGCCCUUCACCUGGAGGCUCUCUGUGAGGAGGAUCUGCAGUUGCGUGUCCAGCAACACACUGAGGUGGAGACUGUGGACCUCGUUCUCAAACUCAAAGACAAACUGACUCAGGCAGAGAGAGAGCAGCUUCCUCUGAGGCCGGGGACGUUGACCAAACUACAGGCCCACAUCGACUCUGUCAUCCUGUCUUUACCUGAUGAUCUACAGGGAAUCCUGCACAAGCCCUCCACACCCUGACCUCUCACCCCUGACCUUUAACCCCUGACCACUAAUCAUUGACCUAUAACCCCUGGGGGAGGAGGAAGGAAGGACUGUUUCAGUCUCAGCAUUGAACUAUGGAUUUUUAA